ACUAAACAAUGUCAUUAGCAGUAUUUAUUGUUAGGAGACUCUCAUGUUUUUGUUGCCUUUUAGCAUUUUAUGAAGUAAAUAAACUUAUAUAAUCGACCACCAUUUUCUUUUGUUUGUAUGGCAUACUGUAGAUUUCAAUUUUCUGUUAUCGUAUCAUCUUAUCUUUACUUUUUUUACUGUAUCUACAUAUUUACAAUUUGAUUUCCCAUAGGCUUUUUGUAUGCAAAUUCCAUUCAUGUUAUAGUGUACAAAACGAUGUUUAUCUGUGCUUACUGAAAAACAAAAAAAAGAAUCAGGAUUUGUGUCAUAAGAAGUAUCAGAAGCUAAUUGAAUAAAUUAGCGGCUGGUAGUGAUGAAAACCAAAAUAAAACCUAUUGACUAUGAAUGAAUAUUGGUAAGGAUCGAACACCCACUGAGAGUAUUCUAUUACCCUAUACUCUAUAUUUGGAUACUAAUGUAUGUAUAUAUGUAUGUAUGAUAGGAACGUAAAUUAUGUGCAAGAGUCCGUUUAAAUAACCUUAAGGAAAAAUUAGCUUACUAACGUACUACUAGCAUUCCGCCGCACAGUGGUAGUUAGUUAAGCCCACACAUAUACAUAUCCGUACUUAUGAAAACAAGAAUGCGAGUGGUCAUCAACAAAACUUGUUCGAACCAAUGAACCCAAAAGACUCUUAAAUGGUUUCCAUAUCGAUCGAUUUGUUGAAAUUUUCACUUACGUUGCAUUGCCAAGGUUAAAGGUUGCAGAAGCAGAGACAGACCACUCACACAAAAUGUGACAAAUGUUGUGUAUUUUAAUUAACUGUACUGUUAUUUUACUGACAAAAUAUCCAAAGUAUCAGAUCUCACACGCUCGUUUUUACAUAUAUAGAUUUACACGGGUCAUAGGUAAAACACAUACAUAUGUAUGCUUAACAGUAUUUACAAGUACCACUCUGAGUGUCUGCGUACACUUUCCUACAUGCGUUAGUCUUCUGAAUCAUGGAGCGCAUUUGCAGGGACAGCACUUCCGAAACUAUCAGUCUACAGAAAUACAUGCAUUAAUGCAUACAUACAUAUAUACAUACGCGAUAUGCCCCGUUGUUGGCAAUGCCACCACCCACUAGUUUGUACGCCUGCCCUUAACUAAUUUAAUUUAUACAAAGUUGUGAGUAAAUAUUUUUCUUUCUUGUGAAAUGUUAUUGAUAAUUCGCUUACAGUUCGAUACUUGACUUUCGCGUGAACGUUGCUCGCUGUUCGUAAGCUAAAAGUUGGUGUUAAAACAUAUAUGGUGGAAAAAGUUUGAAGCCCAUCGAAUAUUUACACAAAUAUAUGUACAUAUAUACGCCUUUGGACUAUAAAUAUUUUUGAGUUAUUUCCAAUGUAGUUUUCAUUUUAUCAAAACAAAAUAUUAACCAAAUAUCUACUAGCCGUAGAUUUACGAUUUGUACGUUUCUUUAUAAUAACGUUAAUAAGUAAAGUUCAUUUAUAAGAUUAUCAAUAAUAAUCACGUUGAAAUCAAAACGGUAAGUUACAUUAACAUGUCCUAGUCCCUGUGGUCUGAGGUUGAGAAUAAAAGUGGAAAUUUAUUUAUCAUAUUAAAUAUGAAAAAAAACGGUGUGUAUUGGUUUUAUUGCUAAGAUCAGGCAUACAUAUUUUACAUAGCAUAACAAUACAUAAAACGAAAUGAAGUUGUUAAACGUUUGCAAUUUUAAAUGGAAGAUAUUAUGAUGAACGGUCAAACUACUUCAAGCUAAUUUGUUCAAUUUGGUUUGAAAUAUGCAUAUGUAUAAGUUAAUAGUCAUGUAUGUAAGAGAUGAGUCGCCUAUAAAAUUGAGUGAGUGUACAGCUAAAUGGCACAUAUGUAAAACGUGAUCACUUUAAAUAAAUAAAAAAAAUUAUUUUCACUUUAAAUUAAUGAAACAACUUAUUUUAAAGCUAUUCUAAAUUGAAAUAUGUUGCAAUUGUAAGCAAUUUUCAUUUUGCACAGUGUCACUGUGUCGUUAUUCGAGCGGAUUUUAAGUGCAUAAAAGUCUCACACUAGUUAACUUCAGACAUACCAUGAAUAAUAUGGGAAUGAAAGCAACCUUCAUAUAAUACAAAUAACUGGCACAUUAAUAUUGCUAGGAUUGGUUUCUUGAAAAUAUUUCAACAGAAAUUGCUCAUAUUCCGUCCAGCCUCACGCUAGUACAUGCUAAUCAUGUUAAAAGCACAAAAAAAUUAUGUUUCACAGGCACUGGAGAGUUUCCGCUUCCUCAAACAACUGAACUGGUGAAAAAGUGCGGUUGAUAUAUGUUAAGGGUUUUAUGCCAACUUACAUUAUAUGACUUUUUAAGUGUGUCCUUGACAUAUCAAUUAUUAAAAAAAAUUAACAAAACUUUAUUUAGUAAAAUUAAAUUGAGACAUAGCAUAAAAAAAUAAUUAUUAUUGGUAACUCGAAUAAAAAAUAAAAAACUUUAAAUGGCGAUCAAACCUUAUAGUAGUAAAAGCUGCUAUGCGUUAAUCGCUCACAGCCUCAGUUGCGGAAGUAAAUACAUUAAAAUAACCGAUGUCUAUUGAAAUAAUCGGCCACUAAUUAUGAGACACCCGUUUAGUUCAAAUAAUGAACCAUAUGUGAGUGAGAAGCUUUCAAUAAAUACAUAUGUACAGAAGCUGAGCUUUAAAAAAAUCUGUUUUUUUUUUGUCUUACAUUUACACUAUAAUAAUUUAUUUAUAUUUGUAUAGCUUAAUUUCGUACUUAAGUCUUUGGUUUGAGAAAAUGCAAUGAACACGUUUACUUUGUAUAUAUGUAAAUUUUCUGGCAAAAUAUUUUGAUGUUUUAAGUUAUUAACACACGCUAAAUAACCAUAUUUUAUAACGCGGUUUGGGAUUUAGUUUAGUCAUUGAAUGUGAAAAGAAAAGUACUCUUGCACUCGCUUAUUAUUUUCACACUCGUCGUAUUAUUUUAUGCUUUUAAAACCAAUUUGGCAAUGCAGCGGCUGUAUGUAUCUCGGUUACCGUUCAUUUCUCUAUAUUAUUCUGUAUGUUAUAUGAAGUCGUGGUUGGACAAGCUUUUACGAAAAUUCAAAAUAUCAUUCGUGCUGUUUCCUUAGAUAACUUUGUACACUCAAUGGCCUCGAAAAAUCUUUUCAUAAUUAAUAUUUAUUUAAAAAUGCAAACGUUACCUUACUUGUAUGUAAAAAUAAAUGUAAUUUUAAGCAACGGUAAAAUUCAAUACUCGCACAACAAGACAGAAACACCAGCUGCAUAUAAUCCACGACCUCGUAUAGCAUAUUACGUCUACACAUAAUCAUAUAAUCGUAUUAACAUAAAAUGGCGAUGCGCAGCUUUGAACUGUUUAAGUUGGUGGCUAGCUGGUCGUAUCAUUGUAAAUUUAUUCUUUUGUUGCUUCACACACCAUAUACUCGUAUCACAUGCAACUUGGUGCCUACAUAAAAAUUUAUCAUACGAAUCAAUACACCAUCUCACUUAUGCAUGUUGUCAACUAAAUACUAAAUAGAUAAAUAUAGUUUAGUCUAACCAACUGACCUCAUUGAUUUGUCAGUCGAUAAUAUUUAUGGUAUUAUCCAUUAGUGUUAAUUGUACUUGUUAUUUUACAUCGCAUAUUCCUUUGAACCGCUUUUAACCGACUGGAUUUGCAACUGAAAAUGUAUAUUAAAUGAAAUAAAUUAAUUCAUGUAAUGCAAUUUGAACGGCAUAAACAGAGCACGUCAGCAUUCAAAAUAUAAAAUCUAGUAGUUUUGCCAAGAUUACUGAAUCUGAAAAGUCGCCCGACACGAACUUUACAUCUGGAGCAGUUAAGGCAGACGAAGUUGAUGAUCUUAGCGACACUACCUCAUUUUCAGAAAUGAGUGGUGGUAGUCAAAUUAAGACAACCAUUACAACUGCUGUAACCAGAACAGAAAUGUCACAUAUACACGACACAGCUUAUGAUAAGGAUAGUAGUCAAGAUAGAAAUGGACCUAAAGUGACUAAUGAUGAUGCGUCGAAUACAGAACAAUUAAAGGGACGAGGUGAUGUUAAGCGCAAGAUAAUCGAAUUGGAAAAUGCCAAAAACAUAAUGCCAACAUCCGCUAUUGGCAAGCAAAAGUCCUUGGCUGAGAUUGGUGAAAAAAUUUCAGCUGUUAAAGAAGUGGUGAAGGAUUUUGAAGAUAAAUUGCAUGACUACAGCGUUGAAACAAUACCAUUUAAGGUGAGACAACGUGAUCCAACGCCAGCCCACGUGGAUGAGAGUGUUUUGGAGCGUCAAAUAUUAACCGAUGUCGAUCUUGCAUUGGAGAACCUUAUAUCUCAUGAGCCACCAGCAGCAGAGGUGAAACUAUCGCCUGUAACGGCCAUAGAGACUAGAUUGGAUAACUCCGACGUGCCAAAGGAAGAAAUUUGCGAAAAAGUCUGCAUGAAACGUAAAAUGUUCGAAGUAGCUAAGGAUGAGACUAAGUCAGCCACCAAAGAUGAGGCAGAGUCCGCUUUUGAACAUCCAAUGGAGAAGUCACCAAAAGCAAUUAAUUUACCAUCAGCGGAUAGCGAAGAUUCUGGUAUUUUGCCAAAUGUCAAAGAUGUUGUUAAAACAUUUGAGCAGAAGUUUGCUUCUCUACAAUCCUCGCCGUUACCCGCGCGCAAGCAGGUUGUUCUUGCGAACAAUGAAGUAGACAUUACUUAUUUAGGCGAACAAGGACUUAGUCAAACUGACGAAAUUAUAGCUGGAUCAGCGCUACCAGAACAUGGUGCAAUCAGUACUCAGGCAAGGUUGGAUAGCUCUUUAGGAAAAGAACAAGUAGAACAGUUUUCAGAUCCAUUAGUUAAAAAACGAAAAAUGUCUGAAAUUAAUAGAGAUUAUGACACUAGCUUGAUUGAUCAAAAUACCCCAAAUGACAAUAAGAAAGAAGUAGUUUCUAAGGUCACCGAUGAACCACAGGUUGCGAAUAAUGCGAACGACUUCAUUGAAACGAUAUGUGAUAAAACCGAAUUUCCUAUAGAAGGAACAAAUGUGAUAGACAAUUCAUGCUUCCCAAUGACAGAUAAAGAAGGUGCUGAUUUAACACCUGAUAAGCACGACACUGAUACUACUAGUAUAAAAGAGUAUAAAUUAAAAAUUUAUGAAACAGUUGAAAAUGAGCGUAAACUAGAAGUUUGUUUAGGGAAUCUUAAACAAAGAAAAGAUAGCAUAGAAAAUGUGAAAUCUUCCGAUGAAACUUCAACAAUCAAACGAUUUCCUGUAACGCUACCGUUACCGAUAAGUGAGAAAAAUGAAAGUAAAGAAGGGAUUAAUAAAAUAGAAAGUUCCUCCAAAAAUGAGCAAGACAAUAUCUCAUGCGAGGAUCUGAACAUAAAUCAAUUAAAACUGAAGACAUUCAGUGGACCGCCGGUGCCUUUAAUAACAACAAAAAACAUUGAAUGGACUGAUGAAAAAAUAAAAAGGUUAGAAACGUCAGACCCUCACAUUCUUCCGAAACAAAAAGACUUCAGAAUAACUUCCGAGAGAAAAGAAGUGAUGACUACCGAAGAAUAUAUCAGCAGUGAACACCAAAAUAAGAUUUUCCAUCACAAGGCUAUAACGAAAGAAUAUACAGAUAACAAACUUGACGAAAAAAUCGAACAUAAAAUUAAUUUUAGAGUACAAACUAAUACUAUCAAAGACCAAACAGCUCUUCUACCCACACAUUCCACAAAUGAAAACAAACCGGAAGACACAGUUUUCAAAGAUGUUCAACCAGACGAAAAACACAAGUUUUCUCUGGAUAUUGCUAAGCCUGUUUCACAAGUUUAUUAUUCUGAAGAAAUAGAGGAAGACUAUGACAAACAUAUGGUCACUGAUAUGAAGAAGGUGUUCCCGUUAGUACCGUCUGUAGGCAAACCAGAUGACAAAGACACUAAAGACGUUCAACCAAUUUCAAAACCAACAGACAAACCAAAAUCUCCGCUUGACAUUGCUAAGUCUGUUCCUCAUGUGUACUCUUCUGAUGAAUCAGAGGACGAGUUUGACAAACCUAAAUUCGCUGAUAUGAAACAAGCGUUAUCAUUGGUAUCGUCAGUAGGCAAACCAGAUGACAAAGACACUAAAGACGUUCAACCAAUUUCAAAACCAGAAGACAAACCAAAAUCUCCGCUUGACAUUGCUAAGUCUGUUCCUCAUGUGUACUCUUCUGAUGAAUCAGAGGAAGAAUUUGACAAACCUAAAGCUUCGGAUAUGAAACAGGUGUUCUCGUUAGAACCGUCUGUAGGCAAGCCAGAUGACAAAGACACUAAAGACGUUCAACCAAUUUCAAAACCAAAAGACAAACCAAAAUCUCCGCUUGACAUUGCUAAGUCUGUUCCUCAUGUGUACUCCUCUGAUGAAUCAGAGGAAGAGCUUGACAAACCUAAAGUCGCUGAUAUGAAACAAGCGUUACCAUUAGUACCGUCUGUAGGCAAACCAGAUGACAAAGACACUAAAGACGUUCAACCAAUUUCAAAACCAACAGACAAACCAAAAUCUCCGCUUGACAUUGCUAAGCCUGUUCCUCAUGUGUACUCUUCUGAUGAAUCAGAGGAAGAGCUUGACAAACCUAAACUCGCUGAUAUGAAACAAGCGUUACCAUUAGUACCGUCUGUAGGCAAACCAGAUGACAAAGACACUAAAGACGUUCAACCAAUUUCAAAACCAACAGACAAACCAAAAUCUCCGCUUGACAUUACUAAGCCUGUUCCUCAUGUGUACUCUUCUGAUGAAUCAGAGGAAGAGCUUGACAAACCUAAACUCGCUGAUAUGAAACAAGCGUUACCAUUAGUACCGUCUGUAGGCAAACCAGAUGACAAAGACACUAAAGACGUUCAACCAAUUUCAAAACCAACAGACAAACCAAAAUCUCCGCUUGACAUUACUAAGCCUGUUCCUCAUGUGUACUCUUCUGAUGAAUCAGAGGAAGAGCUUGACAAACCUAAACUCGCUGAUAUGAAACAAGCGUUACCAUUAGUACCGUCUGUAGGCAAACCAGAUGACAAAGACACUAAAGACGUUCAACCAAUUUCAAAACCAACAGACAAACCAAAAUCUCCGCUUGACAUUACUAAGCCUGUUCCUCAUGUGUACUCUUCUGAUGAAUCAGAGGAAGAGCUUGACAAACCUAAACUCGCUGAUAUGAAACAAGCGUUACCAUUAGUACCGUCUGUAGGCAAACCAGAUGACAAAGACACUAAAGACGUUCAACCAAUUUCAAAACCAACAGACAAACCAAAAUCUCCGCUUGACAUUACUAAGCCUGUUCCUCAUGUGUACUCUUCUGAUGAAUCAGAGGAAGAGCUUGACAAACCUAAACUCGCUGAUAUGAAACAAGCGUUACCAUUAGUACCGUCUGUAGGCAAACCAGAUGACAAAGGCGCUAAAGACGUUCAACCAAUUUCAAAACCAACAGACAAACCAAAAUCUCCGCUUGACAUUGCUAAGCCUGUUCCUCAUGUGUACUCUUCUGAUGAAUCACAGGAAGACUUUGACAAACCCAAACUCGCUGAUAUGAAACAAGCGUUACCAUUAGUACCGUCUGUAGGCAAACCAGAUGACAAAGACACUAAAGACGUUCAACCAAUUUCAAAACCAACAGACAAACCAAAAUCUCCGCUUGACAUUACUAAGCCUGUUCCUCAUGUGUACUCUUCUGAUGAAUCAGAGGAAGAGCUUGACAAACCUAAACUCGCUGAUAUGAAACAAGCGUUACCAUUAGUACCGUCUGUAGGCAAACCAGAUGACAAAGACACUAAAGACGUUCAACCAAUUUCAAAACCAGAAGACAAACCAAAAUCUCCGCUUGACAUUACUAAGCCUGUUCCUCAUGUGUACUCUUCUGAUGAAUCAGAGGACGAGUUUGACAAACCUAAACUCGCUGAUAUGAAACAAGCGUUACCAUUAGUACCGUCUGUAGGCAAACCAGAUGACAAAGACACUAAAGACGUUCAACCAAUUUCAAAACCAACAGACAAACCAAAAUCUCCGCUUGACAUUACUAAGCCUGUUCCUCAUGUGUACUCUUCUGAUGAAUCAGAGGAAGAGCUUGACAAACCUAAACUCGCUGAUAUGAAACAAGCGUUACCAUUAGUACCGUCUGUAGGCAAACCAGAUGACAAAGACACUAAAGACGUUCAACCAAUUUCAAAACCAACAGACAAACCAAAAUCUCCGCUUGACAUUACUAAGCCUGUUCCUCAUGUGUACUCUUCUGAUGAAUCAGAGGAAGAGCUUGACAAACCUAAACUCGCUGAUAUGAAACAAGCGUUACCAGUUGUACCGUCUGUAGGCAAACCAGAUGACAAGGACACUAAAGACGUUCAACCAAUUUCAAAACCAACAGACAAACCAAAAUCUCCGCUUGACAUUACUAAGCCUGUUCCUCAUGUGUACUCUUCUGAUGAAUCAGACGAAGACUUUGACAAACCCAAACCCGCUGAUAUGAAACAAGCGUUACCAUUAGUAUCGUCAGUAGGCAAACCAGAUGACAAAGACACUAAAGAGGUUCAACCAAUUUCAAAACCAACAGACAAACCAAAAUCUCCGCUUGACAUUACUAAGCCUGUUCCUCAUGUGUACUCUUCUGAUGAAUCAGAGGACGAGUUUGACAAACCCAAACCCGCUGAUAUGAAACAAGCGUUACCAUUAGUAUCAUCAGUAGGCAAACCAGAUGACAAAGACACUAAAGACGUUCAACCAAUUUCAAAACCAACAGACAAACCAAAAUCUCCGCUUGACAUUACUAAGCCUGUUCCUCAUGUGUACUCUUCUGAUGAAUCAGAGGAAGAGCUUGACAAACCUAAACUCGCUGAUAUGAAACAAGCGUUACCAUUAGUACCGUCUGUAGGCAAACCAGAUGACAAAGACACUAAAGACGUUCAACCAAUUUCAAAACCAACAGACAAACCAAAAUCUCCGCUUGACAUUACUAAGCCUGUUCCUCAUGUGUACUCUUCUGAUGAAUCAGACGAAGACUUUGACAAACCCAAACCCGCUGAUAUGAAACAAGCGUUACCAUUAGUAUCGUCAGUAGGCAAACCAGAUGACAAAGACACUAAAGAGGUUCAACCAAUUUCAAAACCAACAGACAAACCAAAAUCUCCGCUUGACAUUACUAAGCCUGUUCCUCAUGUGUACUCUUCUGAUGAAUCAGAGGAAGAGCUUGACAAACCUAAACUCGCUGAUAUGAAACAAGCGUUACCAUUAGUACCGUCUGUAGGCAAACCAGAUGACAAAGACACUAAAGACAUUCAACCAAUUUCAAAACCAACAGACAAACCAAAAUCUCCGCUUGACAUUACUAAGCCUGUUCCUCAUGUGUACUCUUCUGAUGAAUCAGACGAAGACUUUGACAAACCUAAACUCAGGAAGAGUUUGACAAACCUGGACUCGCUGAUAUGA